CACUGUCUCUGAAAUAAUCGAUAAUACAGUAUAGAGAGACUAAAGAUAGAACUGCGCUUGUUUUAGGAAACUAGUCUGGGAGUGGCAGUCGUCUUUGUGGCGAUGCAAGAAGGAUGCAAGCUCCAGUAAAGGAUUCCCUUGGCAGUGGCUGUACUCUUAUAGACAAGACACUAAAUAGAGAGUCAUGGAAUCAUACACUAUUUGGCCCAAGACCAUUGUGCAGAUACGGCCCUGGUCCUAAAAUGCAUGAAAUGAUUGCUCCCUUGUCCUGGUUGCUAGGCAAGUGGCGUUCGGAGGGUGGGAAAGGCAUCUACCCGACGAUAAAGGAUUUUACUUAUGGAGAGGAGGUGGAAUUCUUCCAUGUUGGCCAGCCCAAUAUACAGUUCACUUGCUGUUCAUGGAAGAGUGAAAGCAAGGCACCACUUCAUCGAGAGGCAGGUUUCAUAAGAAUAAAACCAGACACCAACAAAGUCGCUAUGAUGAUCGCACAAAACACGGGAAUUUGUGAAAUAGAAGAAGGGGAGGUAACUGGACAGAAGAUGGAAACAACAUCACAAUCAGUUGCAAGAAUGUCCUUCUCAAAACCUCCCAAAACGCUAAAGGUGUCAAGAACAUUCAAGCGGGACGGCGACACUCUCGAACAAGUUCUGUAUAUGGAAACCGAGAACACACCCUACACCGAGCAUCUCCGGAUAAAGUACACUAAAGUCUAGAAAAGCCCCAGUGACAAUUUGUGCUCCACGUCAUAUGCUGUAGAUCACGAAAUUAACGCGGUCCUGAUUCAAUGCAACUGAAUGGGUCAGACCAAAAUGUGACAUGAAAUUAAUACGAGUGGCCUUCCUUGAACUAUUACUGUUGUAACAAGAUAAUGUUCCUGAUUUAAUGCAAAUGAAUGGGUCACACCAAAAUGUGACAUGAAAUUAUUGUGAGUAGCCUUCCUUGAACUAUGACUGUUGUAACAUUUAUAUAAAAAUUAUGAAAUCAACUCUCUCUCUAACGACAACAAAACAUAUUUGUGUACCCAUCAACGACGAUUUCACAUAAUAAAUGAAAGAAGAGUUUGCAAAGUGGUAUAUGCAGUUAACAAUAAAAACAAAGAAACGGUAGACUGUGAGAUUAGUGUAUUGAAAUCAGUUCCUGCAUGGUGGAUCGUGUAAACUUGUGACGGUGGCGAAAGACACUGUAACAGUCACAGGUUAUUAGACUUUACUAUGUACUCGCUCCCUGCAUUGUAUUUUAUAAAAUUUAGCAAGGUCUAUUUUAAAAAAAAAAAAUGUGCCAGUUUGUUAAUGCAAAUUACAUUACUCAAAUUUUUUGCAUUAAUAUCAUUAUCACAUUAAUAUCAUUGUUGCAUUAUAUCAUUGUCGCAUUAAUUUCAGGAUCUACGGUAUCAACUAAUAUAACUCGUUUGUGACGUUUGUAACGUGUAAUGUAUGCGGUAUAAUUUGCUGUACUUUUACCUCAAGUGUAAAGCUUUAUUACAUGUUUAUGACUUGGUGUAGUUGGGAUAUAUUAUUAACACAAACAAGUGUUUUUUUAAAACUAAUAUACAUGCAAAGUCCAAUUUUUGAUAAUAAUUUUAUUUUUAAAGUAAUCUUUGUUGUUUUCUAAUACAGUAUUUUAUAUUAACACAAAUUUGAUUCUGGAAUGGAUUAUUUAAUAGUUUAAAUUCCAGUAUAUAUAUUUAAUGAUAUUUGUUCUACGUACUGUUUCUAGUGUUAUAUGCUGUUGAAUGACAUCUGUUGGUUCCUAGUAAAGAUCGGGUAAAAGAUUGUGUAACUGAAAUUCGGGUUAUAGUUAUACCAGGUUUUGAAUUGUGUUUUUUUCGAUUGCUUUUGUUCAUAAAGUACAUACACAAAAAAGUGGCUAUAUGAGUUUAUUGAAAACACUGAAUUGAUAUCAAAAUUCUGGUUACAUUGCAUUUCAAAUUUCUAACGGUUUUGGUGGGCAUUCUUACAUCUUUGUAAUAAAUUCCAUCUGUUCACCACCUUGUUAACAACAUUAUAUAUGCUCAGUACGCAACUUUGCUCGCUUGGAAGUUCAGAGAAAAAAGCAUUUCAAGUUUCUCCACAAUUCCACAUUUUUGUUCCAACUGAAAACCUCAUUUUGUUUCUUUGAUGAAAAGCGCACAUACAAUGUAUUCUUCUAUAUCUUUUGUUUGCUACUUUUUUUUAGUAAACGCAAAAGUUAAGAACAAAUUAUUAAUGUGUAUGUAAUGACAUGGAUCCAUAUUUAUUCCAGUUCCAGAGAUAUGAUCUGUACAGUAGUAUCAAAUAGUUUUGUAUAAUAUGAUAUUAAUAUGAUUUAUUAACAUUUUGCGUGAUGUACUAUCAUAAGUGGUCUUUGUAUGUAUAUAUUAAAGAGCUAAGAAAAA